AUGAACAAAUGUUUCAAGCCCGAGCACACAAAUAUCGAAUGGGAGUACGACCAAGAUAUCUUCCAAGCCUGGUGUGAUGGAAAAACCGGCUUCCCGAUCGUGGACGCCGCGAUGCGCCAACUUCGGCAUUGUGCGUGGAUGCAUAAUCGCACCCGCAUGGUCGUCUCCUCCUUCCUGACCAAAGAUCUAAUGCUUGACUGGCGCCGCGGAGAGCGGCACUUCAUGGAAAAUCUGAUCGACGGAGAUUUCGCAUCAAAUCACGGCGGAUGGGGAUUUGGGUCGAGUACUGGUGUUGACCCCCAACCCUACUUCCGCAUCUUCAAUCCUCUCCGCCAGAGUGAACGUUUCGAUCCAGAGGGCGAGUACAUUCGGCACUGGCUGCCAGAGCUCCGUGAUGUUUCGGGCAAAGCUAUCCACGAACCAUAUGCGCGGGGUGCGGCGGCCAUUGCGCAGAAGAAUGGAUAUCCCAAGCCGAUCGUAGAUCACGCGGAGAGCAGGAAUCGGGCGCUGGAGAGAUUCAAGAGCGCGUUGAAAAAAUGA